CAUGCAUGCAAGGGUGGAGGAAAGUCCACGUACACAUGCAAAGCUGAAACAUAUCACAAAAAUGCUUGGUGGAGUUAAGUUCAUGUAUUUACAAUACCAUCCACAUAUUUUUUAUUUUUUGAUAAUAAUAUCCUCUACAUAUUUUAUUUAUAUAAAUACACGUGUGAUGAUGUGAAUGCAAGAAAGAAUCUGAAAUUCAAAAUUAUCCAGCCAUGGCCGCCGUCAACUACUUCCAUUGUUUCAUAAUAUCGAUUCUCUUUUUUCUCUCUUUUCACACCGACACUGCGUUUUCACAGAGGUGCCACCCAAAUGACAAAAAAGCCCUCCUAGAAAUCAGGAAAUACCUCAACAGUCCUCCAAACAGCAACCUCAUCUCCGCGUGGGACCCACGAACCGACUGCUGCGACUGGAAUCAAGUGGUCCAGUGCGACGGCGCCACCAACCGCAUCACCAUCUUCAACCUCCUCCUCGCCGAUCUCAACCGUCCGAUUCCGGCCGCCGUCUUCGACCUCGUAUUCCUCGAAGAACUCUACUUCCACGAAACGAAUCUCACCGGCGGAAUCCCACGCGCCAUCACGCAACUCUCUCGGCUCAAAUAUCUAGAUCUGAGCUUGAACCAUCUUUCCGGCACAAUCCCUUCAUUCCUCGGCCACCUCAAAAACCUGGUCUCCAUCGAUUUAUCGUACAACCAAUUCACCGGCUCGAUUCCGGCGUCACUGUCACAGAUCCCGAACCUCAACACUCUUUUCCUGGACCGGAACAAUCUCACCGGAGGAAUUCCGGCGACAUUUUCCGAUUUCCGGCAGGGGGAGUUUUUUCUCUACGCGUCGCGUAAUCAUCUCUCCGGCGAGAUUCCGAGGAAACUCGGCGAAGUGAACUUUAAGUUGAUCGAUGUUUCUAGAAACAUGCUCGAAGGAGACAUAUCUUUCUUGUUUGGGAAGAAUAAGAGUUUGAUUUACGCCGAUUUUUCAAGUAAUUUGCUGCGGUUCGAUUUCUCGACGGUGGAGUAUUUUCCGACGAGCUUGGGUACGUUGGAUUUGAGCCAUAACAGGAUUACGGGCAGCCUGCCCGUGGGGUUGGUUGACUUGAAUCUUGACCGUCUGAACGUGAGUUACAACAGGUUGUGCGGUCAGAUUCCGGUGGGCGGGCAGCUGCAGGGGUUUGAAACGACGUCGUAUUUUCAUAACAAGUGCUUGUGUGGUGCACCAUUGAUCAAGUGUAAAUGAUUCGAAUUACAUCUACAUGCUGUAUUAGUUUCAAAUAGGGUAAAUUCCACUUUACCCCAUUGUACUAUGUCCGAGAAUCACUUUACCCCAUCGUACUCUCAAUUUCAUCAAUUUACCUUCAUGUACUUGUUCAAUUUCCCAAUAAAGCCCUCUCCGUCAACUUUUUUCGAUUUUGACUCUGACGCCGUUUGGUCAAGAGUCAAAAUAUUGAGGUA